AUGUUUUUGCCCAAGUUAACAAUAGAGGGAGUCCUUGGAUUUAAUUUUAAAAAAUCCCAAAAAAUUAUAAAAAUGCCCAUUUUGGUUAUUUUACUUCUUCAAUGUCUUGUUAAUUAUUCCCAAGCAAGAUACAAGCGUUUUAUAAAAGAAGAAAAUUCAAAAUUGAUAAAUAAUGAGGAAUAUUUAAUACAAACUUGUGUGGCUUAUUGUGAUGCUCAAUUUGGGAGAGAAUUUGAGGAACACUUUGGACGCAGCUAUUUCACUCAAUUUUUUGAUUUUCCAAUUGAUUCAUUAAUUGUAUCUUCUCUCAACAAUUUUAAUUCUUUUUGUUCUCUAGUUGAGCAGAGAAGUUGUUGCCUUCAACAAGAAUGUCUUAAAUCUUCUGUGCCAGCUUCACCUCAAACACAUAUUUGUUUGGAGCAUAGAGCUGAUUUUGAAAGGGCGUUGGCUUGUUUAAAUUCCACCGUCCCCCACUUCAAAUUUCAUUCAAUCUGUUCAACAGCUGCAAAACAAAGUGUGGACAUUAAAAGGCUGGCAGAUGAGACUCACGGAUUUGACAUUCACUUAACAGAACAAUAUCGGCAACAGGAUCUUCGUUGCCGUUUUCAAGCCUGUACACUUUCGGCUAGGAUAAUGCUAAUCAACGAGCACUGUAACCAAAACGGUAUUGGAAAGGAUCAAAGAGAACACGCACGCCAGACUGUUAGGCGCUACUAUGAGGAUGAUUUAGAGCUUGAUUUGAUUGAAUAUGGAGAAACACUGAACGCUACAAGACGCUUCCCGCGUUUUUGUGCUGCUUUUUUGGCACAACAAAAAGCGGAACCUAUAGCUCUACUUAUAGACCACAAAUCUUCACAAAUUUAUUUGGAUGAAUUAAAUAUUUUGUUAAAAAUAAUUGGGGCGGACACGGCAAAAAUGCUUGAAACGGGAAUUUAA